AUGAUCCAGACCACCUCAACAACCAACACCAUCACCUCCACCUCCACUGUCUCCAUCUUCCGCGUUUCCAUCCUCUCCUCCUCCACCACCACAACCUCAACCCGCACAACACUAGUAGAUUUCACCACCACUCGCACAACAACUGUCGACCUCACAGUCAAUGGCGCCGCCCGUCAAGCCUCCGCCGCCGUCUCGCAGGCCCAAGCUGGACGUCAACAAGGCGAGGCCAUCAUCGUCGAGAUUGACGUCUCUGGCACAAGCGUGGGUAUUGUUUCUGCUACAACAACAGGAAGCGUCAUGGUUUCCAUCUCUGGCACCACCGUACCAGUGGUUAUCACGGCAGCGUCAGUGUUUGCCAGUCAGAGAAGCGCAAGCAGUGCCAGUGUGCGCAGUGCGUCACUUGCGAGCGCGAGCAGGGCGAGCGUCGCUUCUGUGGCGAGUGUGAGCAGUGCAAGCAGGGCGAGUUUCUUGAGCGCAGCUGGGAUAGGGGGCAAUGAUGUGAUUACGGCUGCGGCGGUUUUCAGUGCUCUGAGAGCAGAGAGUUCGGCAAGGGCCGCGUCCGCCUCUUCAGCUUCGGCUUCGGCUUCGGCUUCGGCUUCGAGGGCGGCAGCAGCAGGGAGACUGCCAUUGAGUGGACAAGCUAUUGGAGUCGGACCUGUGUCCGCUUCGAUUGAUGUCGGAGUGGGCGCUUUGCCGGUUUCUGCUUCGGUGAACGUUGGUGCUGGAGGACCGGCUGGUUCUCCCAGCUUCAGCACUUCAAGCUCUGUGACUCCUGUGCGAGCUGGAGCCGGAGCACCAGGCCAAGCGUCCAUUUCUGUUUCCCAAGGCAGAGUUAGCUCACGCUCUUCAGCCACAUCCAGUUCAACAACACCACCAGCAAGAGUACCACUCGGUCUCGGCGGUACGUCCGGCCGCUUCACCAUCCCCGCCCAACAACAACAAGGAAUCAGCAUGCCCGUCAGAUCAGUUGCCUCCUCAUCAUCCUCAUCCACCGCCCGACCAGCCCGCCAACAAGGCGGAGCAGCAGGCGGCAUCGUAGCAGAAGCUCCCACCACUGUGGCCCCAGCUAGAGCCAUCUCAUCCGCCUCUGCCACUCCCUCCAUCGUAGGAAAGGGCAAGGGAUCUGGCGUGGCAGGAGGGAUCGUUGUAGAUCCCGACACUCCUGUUGUCAACAUCAAUACCAACAACGACAACACCAAUAACGUCGAGUCAGACUUUGGGGGUGAAUUCGUCCCGGGGGGCGGAGAGGAAGAAGGCACUGGUUUUGGAGCGAGAACCGGGGGAGAAUCCGACUUUGGAGCAGAGUUUGUUCCCGGGGGCGGUGAAGAGGGCAUUGUAUUUUCUGGAGAUGGUCUCACUUCCGACUCCCGCGUCGAGACGGGCUCUGAAUUCGGUAACGAGUUUAUUCCCAACGGCGGCGGAGAUGAAGGCACCAUCACCUCGGAUGAUUCCACUACGUCUGAGUCCCUCUUCGGCAGUGAAUUCAUCCCCAACGGCGGCGAAGAAGAAGGGGCAUUUAUCGCAUCCCCUAACAACCGGCGGGUCGAUAAUGUCAAUGGGCAGGAAGACGAUGGCGGCAGGGUAGAGAAGAGACAAGGCCAAAACGACCCAGUCAUUGUUGUCGUUACCGCUACCGCUACGGAUAAGGUAACUGCCACGGCAGAGACGGAUGUCACGGCUACGGCGACGGCGACGGCGACAGUUAGGGCGAGGUUUAGGGGCGUGAGGGAUUAUGUUCUUUAA